AUGGCGGGCGUCCCAUCUUGCAUCCUCCGCUUUCUCUAUCACAUCCCGAUAGGAAUGGCCAGCUUCAACGGCAAGGCAGUGUACGACCUGAUCAAGAAAGUGUACGAUAUCCAAGCCUUCCCCAAAGGCGAAGAGUUUCUCAAGGGGUUGAACUUCGUUUCCAAGGUGGGGCUUACCAUUUUCGGCUGGAAUAUCGCCAUGUUUGGGAUUUCAGGGUUUGCCUUUGGUCCCUUUCUCUUCAUAAUCGGGCUGAUAGACGUGGCACUUGUUGCCCUUCUCCUUCUCGGCAUACGCAGCCAGCUCAGUUAUCUUCCUCUCUCGUCCUCUCCUUGUGCCUACGCGGAAAAUUGGAGAAACGGGACGGAUGGCCGCAAUAUCUUCGUCGAAGCGAACCGAAGGAGUCCAGACAAAUCUCCAAACGAAAUUUGUUCUGAAGCGGUAGCAAGUAUGAAAUGGACUAUUGCGAUCAUCGCUCUAUAUUUCCUGUGCGCGCUGGUUAACUUGAUUAUUGGAACCCUGACUUGUACGUCGCAUCACAUCCACAUCGUAGAUUGCGGAUGUUGCCGCUACUUUGAAGUGAUAUUCCAUCCUUUGGUCAUCAUCAAGCGCGCCACCUCCGCAGGCGUGAGAUAUACUUCCAGAUAUUUAUCAAAACUUCUUCGAAGAUAUCAUAGUCGUGAUAUGGGAUUCAAAACUCAAGACGAGUAUCCAUUGGAGGGAGCCGAUUUCCAGGUCGAAUUAACCCAAAAUGCUAGCCAAAAUUCUUCCACCAGGCUUCAUUUCAUAGAUGCUGUACAAUCCAAGCUUACCCCGGUUGAACAACGAGCUGAGGGCAUGUCGGUGGAAGAACUCCGCCGGUUCACUUGCAACGAAGCGAGCAAGUCAGAAUGCAGGAUCUGCCGCAUCCAAAUAUGCCGAUCGUGUUCAUCGACCCUCCGCGUCGCCAGCUCUGUGGCAUCUGCGCAUCUGAAAACAUGCACUCCGUACUGCACCAGCUGUUUCUACGCGUACUAUUGCCGAAGCGACGGCAGACGAGGAAGGACGAGGAAAGUGCAUUCGUAUCAAUGCCAACUAGCUAAAGGAACAGUGCGACCGCAUCAAUUGGAGGGUGUAUGUCGCCAAUGCGCAAGCAAGACUCAAGAAGAGCGUCAGGAGGUGAUCGAGCUUCAAGAUCGGCGGGAAGUCUAUCGGCUCGCACAGCAUCCAUUGGCAUGCUUUCGGUGCAAGCAAAUGCUCCCGCAGAGCGGUCCUCGCUGGUGGGUGUGCUCGGCCUGCAACAUAGAGUGUCUUGAUCAUAUCCACCCUCCUUGGGCGUCCAAGCUGUGA